AAUUCCACCCAAUUUUUGUAUCUUGAUGUUUAAAGGUGAAAUAUUUAGAUACCUCGCAGAACAUUUCACGAACUAAAAUUAUUUGAAAAUGUAGCCGUAGGUAAUCAGAUAACAGUUUCUUAUUCUCAACAUUUGGUUAUUUUAAGAUAAUAUCUAUUAACUCACUCAAUCAAAACACGUGAUGUAUCUUAAAAAAUAUAUUAUUUUGCCAAACCUAUUUUAACAAUCUUAAAUUUCAUCCAGAAAAAUAAUAUUUUAAACUCAACAUAAAAAGUCACUUCCAGUACAAAAUAUCGACAUCGGUCAGUAGUGGUUGGGCGGGCGGCACAGCGAGCGAGGGCGGCGCGCGCGCCCAGUCUGCUUCCGUAGCCGCCGCGGUAACUGCUCAACUAACCAGUGUCCACUAACUGAUAACUUUGCCGUUAACUGUGGCACGCUUGUUAUUUAUUUGGAACUUUUCGAAACGCUAAUUUGGGAAGUGAUUACUGUUUUAGUUUGGAGUAGUAACAUUUUUGUUUGUAAUGUGAACUUUUCGUGGUAGUUAUUAUUUGUGGUGGUGACUUUGUAUAAUUUUGAAUAUUUUUUUUCAUCAUUUUUAUAACAAUAGAAUACACAAAAGAGAAGACUAUCACCAGUCCAACGCUAUAGAGUUAAAGCACUAGCAAAAAGCAUGUCACACAAGAUGUUAUAAGACCUCCAGAAACCACCACCAAUUCAUAUACAUACUCCACCUGACGUAUCUAAAGCUCUUCAGCCAUGGCAGACAAGCUCCACGAGUACCAAGGAGUAACAGGUCGCCUCCACGGAGCCAGAGACCGGUACAAGGAGCGCUGGUCCCGAUGGAAGGAGGAACACCCCAGAGGGGUGAGAGACGUGGUCGCAGAGACCCUGUUUGGGAUCCCUAACUCUGAUGAGCCCCCCGAAAGGGUCUGGCAGGAUAGUGCUUAUAGUGAUAUUUAUAGGAGGAAAAGUCGUAUCGAAUUAAUGCGCAUAUCAGCUGCUGUGAUGGGCAUCGAGUUCUCCUACGCUGGAGAGACUGCCUUCGUGUCCCCAACGCUUCUGCAGAUCGGGGUGCCUCAUCAACAAAUGACCCUCGUUUGGGCCCUGUCACCAUUGAUUGGGUUCUUCAUGACCCCGCUGCUGGGGUCCUUGAGUGAUCGCUGUCGAUCGAGGUUUGGAAGAAGAAGACCUUUCAUUGUGCUAAUGUCAGUUGGCGUGUUGUUAGGUUUAAUAUUGGUACCCAACGGAGAGGACAUAGGUUACGCUCUCGGCGACGAACUACCGAUGAACAGGACCGAAGCCCCCUCAGCUUUAGGUCCCCGGAGCUCAGCACUCGACACGGAACACAGUAACUACCAUCCCUGGGGAGUCCUGUUCACUGUCCUUGGCACAGUAUUUCUGGACUUCGACGCAGAUGCCUGUCAGAGCCCGGCCCGCGCUUAUCUCCUCGACGUGACAGUUCCAGAAGACCAUGCGAAAGGCCUGAGCACAUUCACAGUGAUGGCAGGAUUAGGCGGCUUCAUGGGGUACGCCCUCGGCGGCAUUAACUGGGACGACACCCGAUUAGGUGAAAUCUUCGGAGGUCACGUACGCGCAGUGUUCUCUCUCAUCACCAUAAUCUUCAUAGUUUGCGUCUCUGCUACCAUUACGAGCUUCAAGGAGAUUCCUCUGACCGAGUUGACUGAACAAGAGGAGUUCAGGAGACAGGCUGAGAGUCAGAGGCUGCAGGAGAGCUUCGAUGAAGGCCCUGAGGGUCCCGAGAAGAAUUUGAAAAAGGAAAAUGUUACGUAUGGGGCGUUGAAUCAGCCAGAGAGCGGAGUAUCCAUAAACGUGGUAGAAACCGGUCAUGGUGGUGGAAACCUCUCUCUAUCCCACUAUUUGAAGUCCAUCGUGGUGAUGCCGAGCUCCCUUCGCGUUGUUUGUCUCACCAACCUGUUCUGCUGGAUGGCUCACGUCUGCUACUCUCUCUACUUCACUGACUUCGUCGGAGAAGCUGUGUUUGGAGGAGAUCCAGCAGCGCCAGUGGGCAGUGUAAGCCGCACGGAGUACGAAGCCGGCGUGAGGUUCGGCUGCUGGGGCAUGGCAAUGUACUCGCUGUCCUGUGCUUGUUACUCCACUAUUAUUGAGCGGCUUAUCAAGAGAUUAGGAGCAAAACGCGUGUACGUGGGAGGUCUGUGCACGUACAGUUGUGGCAUGGUAGCGCUCUGUGCCAUCCGAGCCAAGGCUGCCGUGCUGCUGUGUAGCUGGACGGCAGGAGUCAUGUACUCCACGCUGUUCACCAUGCCUUACCUGCUGGUCGCGCAUUAUCAUGCUACGGGGAUGUGGGACAGCGGUGGCGGUGGCUGCGGCGAGGCUCGUGGCAUCGGCACCGACGUCGCGGUCGUCAGUAGCUGCGUCUUCGUGGCACAACUCCUCGUCUCCUUCAUCAUGGGGUUUGCAGUCAAAGCUAUGGGCUCUACGGCGGCGGUCGUUGCAGUCGCUGCAACGUUAGCCGCUGCCGCUGCGAUCACUGCUACUAAGAUUACGUAUCUCGAUCUAUAAAGUAAAUGGAAAUAAUUUGUUAAAUGGAAAGUAUCUAAAUGCCAAAGUUUGAUUAUAAUAUUAAGCUAUCGAAGUAAGUCAGAUGAAUUGUACUUACAGACAGACAUGAUUCUGGAGACGGUUAUGUAUAGGUAUGCUUCGUCUUCAUGGCAUGCCUCCUCGUCUCCUUCAUCAUGGCGUUUGCGGUCAAAGCUAUGGGCUCCACAGCCGCGGUUGUUGCAGUUGCUGCAACGUUGGCCGCUGCCGCUGCGAUCACUGCUACUAAGAUCACGUAUCUUGAUCUGUGAAUUGAGUUAAUCGAUGUAUUAUAAUGUAUUUUAAAUGCCAAAGUUUGAUUGAGCCUACACAUUAAUACAUUAAUCGUACUUAUAGACUACAUAUGAUUUUGAAGACGGUUAUGUGUGGUUCCUAGUAACUGUGUGUUUGUGGAACAAUGCCUCGUCUCCUUCAUCAUGGGGUUUGCAAUCAAAGCUAUGGGCUCCACUGCCGCGGUAGUUGCAGUUGCUGCAACGUUAGCCGCUGACGUCGCGAUCACUGCUACUAAGAUUACCUAUCUCGAUUUGUAAUUGAAAUUUAUCGAUGUAUUUUCAAUGCCAAAGUUUUAUUAUAAAGCUUCCAAAGUAACACAGAAGAAGUUUACUAUACAUAGAUAUGAUUAUACUAAAUGACGUUGUGGUCAUAAUGGAUUGCUGUGUUUUUGGCACAACUAGGAGGAUUUCUGUGUAUUUUUAAUCAGUUAUUAUAGUAAGCAUUAUAGUUUAAGCUUAAAAGUAUCUAUUUUCCUUUACACUUCUUAAGUAAAGUGAGUCUUAGCGAUGAGCUCUACAAUAACUUUUGUCAAAACCGAUAGUUUCUCGGCCAACGGUACAGUACACAGUAGGUAUAACACUUAUUGUAACAAAAAUGUCGUUUCAUGAACUUCUACUGUAUUCAAGUGAGCUUAUAAAAUCUUAAGUCUUGUUCAGGACUUUGCUACAAAUACAACUUACUACUACUUUACGAGUAUGUGGCCAGUAAAGUAUAUCUCUUCAAUAUGUAUCUCCGUAUCUCGUGAAAUGUUUAUAUUUUGAAUUUAACUACAAAUAAGAUGUCUGUAUUUAUUUUGCGAGCGGGCGACAGUUGUGCUAUGUUUACUAAUAUAUUUUGAUCUAACAUCAAAAACUAUGCUUAGCAAAGAAUCUCUCGGUUGAAUCUAAAUAUGGACUUAUGUGUGUAGAAUAUUUUAAACAGUGUUGCAAUUAAAGAUGACGAUUUAAUACAAAACAGCUUAGGAAAAUUGUACUAAAUACUCUUUAUGUUUUACGUUAAAAAAGCUUUGAAAGUCACUAAAAUAUUUUAUUUAAUUGCUCACAAUCUAGUCAUUAUUGUUAAGCGAUUAAAAAACAUUACCUACAUUUCAUUGUGUAUAACAAUUUAAGGUAAUUAGUAUUAAGCCUGUAACCACAGAUCUCGAUGUUUGUGAUAACUAUUGUGUAUCGUGUUGUAAAAAUCAAAGUAUAUUGACUGUUACAAAUCAAAUAAAUUAUUCAACCAAU